AUGAAAGUUCUAAUCUCUUCCCUCCUUCUGUUGCUGCCACUAAUGCUGACGUCCAUGGUCUCUAGCAGCCCACGACCAGGGGUCGCCAGAGGCCAUAGGGACCAACGCCAGGCUUCUGGGAGGUGGCUCCAGGAAGGCGGCCAAGGAUGUGGGUGCAAAGAUUGGUUCCUGAGAGCCCCUAAAAGAAAACUCAUGACAGUGCCCGGGCUGCCAAAAAAGCAGUGUCCCUGUGAUCCCUUCAAAGGCAAUGCAAAGAAAACCAGACACCGAAGGCACCACAGGAAGCCAAACAAGCACUCUAGAGCCUGCCAGCAAUUUCUGAAGCAAUGUCAGCUAGCAAGCUUUGCUCUGCCUUUAUAG